CAAUUCUAGGUUAUGUUCAAUUGUUUACAUUUGUUUAUUUCUCUGUCAGUACUGUACUGCGUAAUUAAUUUAAAUAAAAAUGUGGAAGUCUGUUAAAAUUCUUAACAAACAAUAUGGAUUUCUUUCUAAAAAAGAGAAUAAUGUUUAUACGAUUUCUUUAACUGAUUUUGUAACCCUCUGGCAUGAGGAAUUAACAAUUGAAACAAUUCUACAGAGAUGCAAGGCACUGAAUCCUCUUUUAAAAAUCGAGGCUCUAAAUAUUGAGAAAACAAUAGAAGAGAUUUUAUCUCAAAUUCCAGAAAUUCUGGACUCUGCAGUGGAAGAGACAAAUAGUUAUAAAAUAAUUCUUUAUAAUAAUAUUAAGGGUGGCAAAUUAAAAUUCGAAUUGAAUUUGAAUAGAGGAAGUAAUGAGGAAUUUUAUGAGACAAUCACAAAAUCAAUUUCCACAAUUUCAAUGGAUUUGAUUGAUAAAUAUUAUCUUCUUUUAAACAUUAUUAAAGCGAAGGACGAGGAAAUUGCAGAAUACAAAUCAGAGGGUGCAAAACUAAUUCGAAAAAAUAUUGAAACCAAACCAUUCAAUGAGGAUUGUUUAAAAAUAAAAGAAAUAAAGACGGAAGAAGGCGAUGAAUGUACUUUUAGAACACUAUUCAAUAUGUGCAAUAAAGCCGAGGAGUUGAAUUUCAGCAGUAAUUCUGAAAAAGUGGAAAUUAAAACCGAAAAUAAGGAUGAGAUUUCCGUUGAAAUGAAGAUUAAGGAAGAAGAAACAAAGGAAGUUUCUGAAUCGAAUUCAUUCGAACAAGAGAAUGUUAGUUCUAGUCUACCUACAAAUAACCCAUCAGAGGAAAAUUUAAAACCGAAAGAAGAAAUUAAAUCUCCAAAUGCGAAGAGAAAAAUAAAACGUAUAAGUGCUUCCAUUAUAAAACCUGUCAAAAAAGCAAAAAGUCGGGUAAAUACAUUUCUUUCAUGAUUAUCUCUUUCGUUAAUUUUAAAUGUAUAUUUCAAUGUAUAUUAAUAUUUAGAUCUAACAAAAAUGUUUAUUGUAUUUUUACAAAAUAUAAUAUAUAGCAAAUUUUAUGCGAUUCAA